UGGAUUCACAGUCUGUUUAAAGAGAUACAAGAUGAAGGCAGCUAUUGUUUUGGCACUGAUCGGCACGGUUUUGGCAGCUCCUCCUCUAAGGGUGAUGCCAAAGCCAGUACGUGACCAUGACCAGUAUGCGCAUAUAUUCGCACAGGUGCGUCCACCGGGUCAAAAGCCGCAGCAAAUGGAGUUCCAGCCACAACAUCACAGCUCUGUGUGGAACAACCAGGUUGAAAUGGAAGAGGCAUCCGCUGAGGUUAAGCCUCUGGAGGUUGCGAACCAGCUACAGCACCCAAACAUGUAUCCCAAUCAUCAGGUGGAGCAGGCACAGAAGCCUCCCCAGCACCUGGAGUUCGAGAUCAAGCAGCACCAACAAAACUCUGAACAGGGGCAUUUGGUUUCUCUGGGGGUAAAGCCAGUGGAGCAGAAUCGUCCUCAGCACUUGGAGGUGGAGAUCAAGGAGCAACACUCUUCCCCCAAUCAUCAGGUGGAGCUGGAAAUCAAGCCCGUGGAACAGAAGCCUCCUCAACACCUGGAGCUGGAGAUCAAGCAACAGCACCAGCAGAACUCUGCCCAGGGCCAUUUGGUUUCUCUGGGAACAAGGCCAGUGGAGCAAAAUCGUCCCCAGCACUUGGAGGUGGAGAUCAAGGAGCAACAGUCCUCGCCAAACCAUCAGGUGGAGCUGGAAAUCAAGCCCUUAGUACAGACUCGUCCCCACUUGGUGGAGGUUGAGAUUAAGGAGCAACAUUCCGCCCCGAACCAUCACCAGGAAAACUCUGCCCAGGGACAUUUGGUUUCACUGGGUGUGAAGCCAGUGGAGCACAAGCCCCAACACAACGAGUUCGAGGUCUCCGCCGAUCAUCACCAGGAGGCUCAGGAGAAUAGCCCUAUCUCCUAUCUGCAGAACCAGCUCCAGCACCUCAACCCCAACCUGCGCCAAUAGAGCGGCUGACCCGAAAAUGUAUCCGUAUAACCAAGGGCAUUAAAUAUGUAUAAUUACAAAGGGAGAGCGUUUUCACACGGGCGCGUCGUCGUUCCAAGGUGCUUGUAAAAUGCGAAAUAAAUAAAAAUGGUCGAGCCAGUGAGC